UCCCAGCAUUCGGCAGCUCUGAUAAUUGUCCGAAAUCUAAUCAGUAAAGAAAUAUUAUGAAAAGUGGUAUUCAUUAGAGAGAUUUUUAAGCAAGACGAUAGAAACGAAAAAACACGAUGCUGCUCUUGAAGCUUCUCAUUUUUGUCGUAGCCAUUCCGUGGCUUCCUGCACAAGAGGUCAACCUUCAAUGCGCAAAUGAUGUGAUCCGCACAAUAGAGGAAGCCCUUUUGCAAAGGUCUCCCUGGGCUUUGCGGAUGAUCGACGCGACCACCAAGUUUCCGGACGGCAUAUACUACGGCAACUGGGACCUAUUUGGCCACUGGGGCGAGUGCUUAUCAGUGAGCAGCAACGACGAGAUGAUCAAAGGACAAUUCUGUAGAGUCACGCUCGUCGGUCUCACCAAUCUGACCAGCAGUAACGAAAUUCAUCAUUUGCCGCGAGCAGACCCAAGAGUUGCUGUUUCUGAGAGCGCUGUUGCAUUGAAAGCUUCAAUUUGCGUCCCAGCGAGUUGCAAGCCUAUCGACGUAUCCAUUUUGGUUUCUGGGCUUUUCCUCUUCUUAACACCCGGCUUACCAGUUGUUGCACGUGUCAAAGAAGAAGAGUGCUUCACAUUGGAAACUGCAUCGCCUCCUUUAGAAACGUGGUCGAUCGUGUUUUUGGCCACAUCUGGAUUUAUAUUCAUUGUGCUUUUGGUCGUCACCAUUGCGGACAUUUUUGGUAGGGGGAACAAAUUGAUGAAAUCUCUGAGUGCAGUGACCACAACUCGCCAGCUACUAAAUACAAAGACAGGGUCGCUAGGAUGUAUAAACGGACUCAAAGUUCUUAGCAUGCUGUGGGUUGUGCUGGGGCACAAAUACCAGUCGAUGGCCUUAUUUGGUAACGCUAAUCCACUCCAAGUUAUCCCAUAUUUGCGACAAACAAUGUUUACGAUCAUCAGCAACGCAUACUUGUCCGUCGACUCUUUCUUCUUCAUAGGCGGCUUCUUGCUGGCGCGCAGCUUCUUCGCUGCGGCCCGCCGACAGUCCUUUGAUGUCCUCAAGUUCUAUUUAUAUCGCUACCUCAGGCUGACGGUGCCACUAGCCGUGAUGGUCGCCUUCUAUCUAACCGUGCUUAAUCACCUCGGAAACGGUCCCUACUGGUACACAUUAAUGGGCCAGCGAAUGAUCAGCACUUGUCAGCAGAAUUGGUGGCAGGUGCUCGCUUAUGUAAAUAACUACAUUGGAAUAGACAAGCAAUGCGUGGAGCAGUCAUGGUACACAUCGGUGGACAUGCAAUUGGCCUUGUUAUCGCCGUUGCUUCUUUUACCGCUCCUGUAUUCACCGAGGGCGGGUCUGCAGCUAGCAUUUCUCCUGCUGGCCUUGUCCUGCAUCCUGCCUGGUGUGAUAACCUACUUAAAUAACUAUCCUUGGGGGGUAGAUAUCCUCAGCGACUACUUUAAUCCCUUGGAAUACGUUAGAGAUAUAGGUCUACCAACGCACACAAGAGCAACUCCCUAUUUGGUUGGAGUUAUUUUGGCUUUCUUCAUGCAAGAGCACACCGCAAAGAGUAUUGGCAUCUCAAAGAAAAUCGCUUUACUGGGCUGGACAUUCAGCACUGGAGCAUGCUUAUCAGUGAUUUUCACGGUCGUGAUUUCGUUCAAGGAAGAUUACGUGCCCGACCCGAUCGCCGCCGGUUUUUACGCCGGCUUGCACAAAUUAGGGUGGUCCUUGGGCCUUGCCUGGAUUGUUUUUGCCUGCGCUAACGGGCUUGGAGGGCCAGUCAACGCGAUCCUCUCGUGGAGACACUUUCAGCCUCUCAGCGCACUGACAUACUCAGCCUACUUGACCCACUUAGUCGUGAUUACAGCUCUGGCUGGCAGUAGAAAAGUGCCAAACUAUGCUUCUAACUUCGACACGGUGCACGCUUUCUUCGGAGAUAUCCCCUUUAUCUUUGCCGCGUCGUGCAUUCUCUACUACCUCGUAGAAGCCCCAGUUAUGGUGUUGCUGAGAUACUUAUUUAAAAAAGAAGGCGCAGCCAGAGCUAAAGCGGGAAAAUCAGUGUAAAUCGCCUCUUCAGAGAGAAGUUGCGCCAACAAAGAGGUCAGCCAUCGUGGAAUUCAAUUUAGUGGUGCUCAAGCGGGAGGUGUGCGUCUGGUUUCAUUGGGUCGUCAGUGCGUUGAAUGAAAGAGCGCCAGGAAAGCACGUGUGAACGGUAAACGUGAAAAUAAUAAACAUUUUUUCUUUAGCUGAUCCUAAAGCAAGCAGUGUUAUCAAAUUAAACUGCAGCUACGUCCUGAAAAAUAAUAGUUGUUGGAAAAGCAAAUCACAAUUAUUGUUUUGGCAAAUCGUCAUUUAUAGAUUUUUCUUUUGUUUUUCAUUCCUUUAUAUGUGAUCAUAUUUUAUUUUUGAAACUUUCGUAAUUGUAAGAAAUAAUAAUUUAUCUUACAACCAACGAUUCAAGAUAAAAAUUAUAGCUUAGUACUAUAGUGUGAAAUGCCUAGAGGAUGAUGAUUAUGUAUGUUUUCUCGUUCAUCGUUGAAUGUCCCCGCAUCUAUCUGUUAUUAAAUUUCUAUUAAAUUAUAUCUAAUUUCUAUAGUUAAGUAUCACCAUGAAAUAAAAGGUUAGGAUAAAAUAUUUUGAUUUAGUAAAUAAAUUAACUAAAUUGAAGCUUGCCCUUGUUAAAGCUUGCUGUCAACUGUUGCAAAUGAAUUUAGCUGAAUGGUGGAUGAGGCUGGACGUUCGGGCCCAGUGUCUGCAUUAUUCUAGCCCUGCUGGUGUUUGUCAUACCUCCGUAUUAUUUAUGACCAUGAGAGGGCUGCGCGCAACUAUGCGUGUAAUUUUGGCUCGAGUGUGUUAAUUAUGCAUAUCUGUCAAUUAACUUCUGUGUGGCGUGUGCCGGUGACACUCGUAAAAUUAAUGAGAAUGAAUGAUGGAAUUAAUUUUGCAACAACCGUCGUUCAUGCAUGCCUACCGCAAAUUCCCCUCUUGUUUGCCAAAUUAUGCAGAAUCCGAAAUGUUACAACAGCGUUCAACGAAUAGUUAGACACUAAAUAGAAAAACUUAUCACAAUAUCAACAAUACUUCGAAAAUAAACUCAAAUAUUUCAUAUCGCAUAAUGUUUUCAUAUUGAA